UGAACUUUCAACAGCUCUCGUUUCCCUGCAUAGUCUGUGUGUUGCUUGAGUCUACUGCAGUGCACUGCAAUUGUCUGUCAUCUCUGGUUCCUGCAGACUCUCCGCUUUGUGUCUCACAAUGUUCGCUCGCUCUUCUCUACUAUUGCCUUUGGCAUGGUCAGCAUCCUAUCUAUCAGGAGUCAACGCCGAUUGUAACUCAUACGGUAUUGACUUUGUCAACAACGGAGAUUAUUUCAUCAAUUCGGCUUCCAAUAGCUCCUUCACCUCUGUGACACAAUUCACAGGAUGUGCCAAGGAUGUUGCAAAUGUGGAAUUGGUCAACUGGGACACUGGAGAUGAAUAUCUCUGCUCGGACAUUCCACUACAACCAGAUGGAACACCAGAAACUUCUACUUGCGAUAUUGACAAAAACCAAAUGGUCUCUGGCACAUGGGGAUUGAUCCUUAUCUCCAACAAUGGCGAUGAUCCAAACUCACCACCUUUUGCAAACCAAAGAACUUUCUCCUUGGAUGUGGGUGUGCAGGCCACUUCUACUGUCACACCAACGAUGACUUUCAACAUGACCACCACACCAACUAGCACAGUCCAGACUACAUCGUGGAUCGUAAACACCACAACAGUCAACAACUCCAUCACCGUCACGGUGCCUGCAGCCACGAGAUACGUGACAGUCACUCCUCUCCCUGUAAUCACCACCAAAACAGUCAGCCUUACCCGCACACUCAAGACCUGGACUCGUACAGCAAUAGUCUAUACACGAACAGCAACAGCCUCUUGCACAGUACCUCCCCGUCCUCAGCAGCCUGAUCCACCAUGCCGCAGAUACCCCCGCCUUCUCAAGCUCCCUCAGGGAGUCCAGAUCCCCAGAGAUGAGCCUGAAGACUAUGCCAGUGUCAAGAGACGUCUGGCAGAUAUCCGCGCCAGAAGAGCUGCGGAUAUCGAUGCAAGAGAUCUUGUCAAGAGAAGUGCCGAUGCACCUGUCAUCACGGUUACACAAACAACCUUUACUUCUAAUGUUACCAACACAUUUACCGCAUCUCCAACAACAGUAACAAACAUCGUCUUGAGCAGCUCCAUUGUAACCACCACUCUCCCACCCGCCACUAUCAAGACAGGUUACGCCAAAGCCUACAUCACUCUUCCUCCCAUCACAAAGACCAGACUUACAAUCAACACCGCCUAUUCAUGGCAGACUGCCACCAUGACGGCGAGAUUCACAAAGGUCACUACCGUUACACCCACAGGCAUCAUGACGGCUUGCAAGGCCUGGGGUGGACACUUUGGAAACGGAUGGUAGACCCGAUUUCAUCUUAGGAAAGUUGGAGGUGUUUUAAUUCCUAGCUAUAUAAUUCAUGCUUCGAUUUCACAUUUACUGAAAAUAAUUACUCUUUG